GCUCCUGUUCAAUCUUCCGCGCCCGCUCACUCCAGUCCCAUUAGCGAUGCUGAUGUGAAUCACUGGAAGGAUCAUUUCAACGAUGUCUUGUCUCGGCCUGGCGAGCACAUCAACUCCAAAUCUCCAGCUGGCGCUGGGAAAUGGAGCACGUCUCUCUUCGAUUGCUUCUCACCAAUUGACACAUGUCUCAUCACAUGCUGGGUUCCUUGUUUGACAUUUGGUAAAACGCAUCAUCGUAUUCAUAAGAGCGGCACGUUGGAAGGCUACGAGCCAGUGAACACCUCGUGCCUCCUGUUCUGCGUACCCGGUCUACACUGUAUCCUUGCAAGCAUGCAACGCCAAUCGAUCAGAGGAAAAUACAAUUUAGAGGGUACAUGUCUUGAAGAUAUGGCAAAGUCUUACUGCUGUGCUUGCUGCAACCUCAUCCAGCUUGACAAGGAGUCAGCACAUCGCGAGGCUCUCCUCAACAAUGUCAACUCUGAGCAGUACCAGAAAAAUGAGGGCAUGGCCUAUCCCGGAGCU